CCAUUAUUUCGCUCGUCCAGCUUCCACAACUGUCAUUACACGAUUCUGUCCUGUCGGUUCUGGACAUCGCGAGCAGCCUCACGACGUGCGGUUACCGUGGCAAUCGAGCAGGUUUCUAGCAGUGUUAAAAGUGGCUGGAGGCUCGUUAAGAUGGUCAGGGCUGGCGGUUUUCUGAAGUUGGCGGCGCUCAUCAUUGCAUUCUUCCUAGCUGUGUUCCUGGCUUUCCAGCUGCUGGAGAUAAACACGGAUUUCAAACUGAGCAGCAUGAUGUCCAGAUCUGUGCCAGCGAACGAAGGCUCAACAAAGCCGGUCAGGCACAAGUGUGGGCUGUCCAAGGCAUGUCCGCUCGGACACUUUGCCUUCAAGAUGGCAAGUGGAGCGGCAAGUGUGGUGGGGCCCAGAAUCUGUCUGGAGGACAAACUACUGAUGAGCGGUGUGAAGAACAAUGUGGGUAGAGGAAUCAACAUCGCCCUGGUUAAUGGCAGAACAGGGGAACUUAUGAAGACAGAGUUUUUUGAUAUGUGGGCAGGAGAUGUGGCUCCCUUAAUUAAAUUCCUGAAGGAAAUUGAGGACGGGACAGUUGUGAUGAUGGCCUCAUUUGAUGAUCCCUCAACAAAACUUAAUGAUGAGGCCAGGAAGCUGAUUGCUGAUCUGGGCAGCUCAGCUAUCAGUAAUUUGGGCUUCCGGGACAACUGGAUCUUCGUAGGAGGGAAAGGCAUCAAAACCAAGAGUCCAUUUGAGCAGCAUAUAAAGAACAGCGCAGACACCAACAAAUUUGAGGGAUGGCCUGAAGUGCUGGAGAUGGAAGGCUGCGUACCCCAGAGGCAGGACUGAUGUGAGCUCUCGCUGUAAUUGUCAACCACCUAUUUCUCGCCGUGCUGGUCCACCUCGUCCUCCCGUUCCUCACGAGACUUUAAAGUGGUUGCAUUUCUCGGGGCUAAGAAAGGUCGCCUUACGCCUGUUGCCCCGAUGCCUUUUAUUUAAAUUUUCCCAGCAGAACAACUUCUCUCCAGAAGGUAUUAGCAACAAAGAGGAGGCGCCGUGAAACUUCAGUCAGCCCUGAGCAGGAAUGUGAAGCUCGUACCUCCUUGCACUUCUCCUUCGUUUUGAAUAUCAUGACACAGAUGCUUAUUGGGGCUUGUAAUUGGAGCUAGUAGGUAGAGUGCACUGGUUAGAAGGGAUUUACCUUUGAUUACUGAGAUACAAUCACACUUCUAUCUGUGAAGUCCACAGACUUAGCUUGAUAGAGUGUUGCAUUAUUGCACUGUCGUUGAUGGAAAUAGAUGUCAAAGCCCAGGAUUUUGGGGGGGGCUAAGUUUCCUUUGCCUGUACCCUGCCUUAAUCGAAUACUUCCAUCCGCUUCUUUUCUUUUUUUUUUUUUUUAAAUAUGAUGAUAUUUUUUUGAUUCCAUGUGUCCCUUUCAGAGUUGUCUUUACUUUGAGAAAAUUAAUAUUAACAGGGUUUGAAGACGCAACUACUCAUGACAUUAUAACCAAAUACACCAAAUUCACUGUGAAAUUUGUAAAUAUGUGUUUAGAGGAGGGUUCUAGAUUCCAAAGAUCCUCAUUUAACGAACAUUGUAAUAAUUAUAUAAGUUCUUAAAAUAAAUGAUAUUGUUAGUAACGUGUGUGUGUGUCUGGGUUAAAAGUGUUCUGUUACACCUACAAGUAGUUAUAUGUGUUUGCGAUUGAGUAUUUGUACUGGCAUAUAGUUUUUUGUGUUCAAAUGCAGCAGACCUCAUACAGUUAACAGCUGUUUCAACAGUCGGUAUCAGUUUGCCUGUUAAUCAUUACCGUGUCAGUCUUGCCAUUUUACAACCACUUUGAAGACAUUACAGGCUAUUUGCAUCUUCAGUUCAGGCUGAGGUAUUUCUUGUGGUUGAAAGAAAACUAUUUUUUAUACACAGACAAUGUUGUGUUAACCACUUAUCAGUGGUUUACAGUUUCUAUGGAAGUCCUUUAAAUGCAGCAACUACUUUCAAAAAGCAGUUCUUUAAAGGCAGAAUUGUUGAACACAAGCUGUUUUUUUUUUUUUAAGUUUUUAAAAGGUUUUUAAAAGUACCUGGUUCUCACAGCUGAGACAUGCUGCUAAUCUGCAGUUAGUCUAAUAUGACACAGCUGUGCAGCUGUGUUUGUGAUGUAGUUACUGUAGUAUUCCCUCUGUCAUUUCCCAUCAUCUGUGUGUCCACUGUCCCUAAACAGCUGCACCGGUGGUAGUAUGACUGGUUUUAAUAUUGUGUAGUGAAAACAUGCAAACAAACAAGAUAUUAUUUUGCCCACCCAUUAGUUUACAAGCUGUGGACAAAUUAACACAACUUAAACUAAAAUUUAACCCAAAACAACACCACACACUGCAACUUAAAAAAUUAACAAAGACUUGAAUAAGUGCCUAUUUGACAGCCUCAACAAAAAUUUUAAAAUAUAAAGCACUGCCAAGGUUGUAUUUAGUUAAAGAGUAUCGUAUGCUGUUAUUCUGUUUGUCCCGUGUGUGUGUGUGUGUGUGUGUAUAUUUUGUUUUUCUUUUUUCUUUUUUUCACUGUCACUGUUAAAUAAACCAAUAAAUAAAAAAUGAAAGUGUGAUUGCUGUACAGAUUUC